AUGACCAUGAACGGAUUGCCGAAAGAUCGUUCUGAAAUACUCAAUCUUAUUAAUGAAUGGAAUUCAACUCGACUUGAUUUAUUUAAAAUUAGUGAACCAAAUGAAGUUCUUGAUUUUUAUGGUGUUAUGAGAUUUUAUUUUCAAGAUGCUGAAGAUAAAGUAACAACAAAAUGUAUACGUGUUGCAAGUACAGCUACAACAAUAGAUGUUAUUCGAGUUUUAAUGGAAAAAUUAAGACCAGAUAUGAAAACAUUACCAAAUGAAAAAGAUUAUUGUAUUUAUGAAGUUCAUCCAAAUGGAGAGGGAAGGAAAUUAGAAAUGGAUGAACGACCAUUGUGGGUUCAACUUUAUUGGGGAAAAGAUCAAAGAGAAGGUCGAUUUGUAUUACAAAAUGCAAAAUUACCUAAAAUGUCAAAACCAAUUGGCGGUAGUUUUAAAGAACGGCGAUCAUCAAAACGUGAAUCAAAGAAAAAGAAAAAACAAGAUAAAAAAAAUGGUAUUGAUGAAAAUGAUACUCAAUCAUCAACUGUAACACCAACAACUAUUGUUGAAUCAUUAUAUAAAUCAGUACCUGAAACAAAUAAAUUUACUCGUUCAUUAUCAAAUCCGGAAAUGGUUAAAAAAAUUCAACAAGAUCGUUUAAAACAAAAAUUUAUUAAAAUAAGUACAAAAGAAGGAGGUGGUACUAUGAAAGUAUUUGGUGAUGCAUUAAAUCCAUCAAUACCAUAUAAAACAUUUCUUCUAUCAAUAAAAGAUACGGCUGAAUGGGUUGUAAAAGAAAUGCUUGAAAAAUAUGGAUUAAAACAUGAAGAUCCACAAAAUUAUUGUCUUCUUCAAAUUGUUAUUCCACCACGUGAUCAAAUGGAUAAUAAAACAAUAAAAGAAGUUAUUCUACAUGAUAAAGACUGUCCAUUAAGUAUUUGUUUAAAUCAUGCACAAAAAAAUGAAGGUUCAAUUAUGUUUAAAGUUGUUAAAUGUCCAUCAGAAUAUAUUGAAAUUCGUAAACGUCUUCGUGCACAAGAAUCAGCAUUAGAUACAAUUCAAGCACCAUCAAUUCAAGAUCGAACUAUAAAUGAUCAUUUGUCUAUGUUUGUUGAAGUUAAAAAUGAUGGUACGGAUCUUACAACACCUCGUGUAUUUAAAAUUCAUCCAAAUACAACAUAUGUUGGUCGUGAUGCAAAAGCUGGAAUAGGAAAACAAUAUUUUUUUAUUGAUGGUGUUGGUAUUGAUCGUGAUCAUUGUACAAUUCAUAAUCAAAAUGGUAUUGUUACAUUAACACCUCGUGGUGAAAUAUGGUUAAAUGGUAAACUUGUAUCAACACCAUUUGUUCUUCAACAUAGUGCAUUAGUUUGUUUUGGACGAAAUUCAACAUUUCGUUAUUGUGAUCCACAAUUUGUUCAGAAAACAACAAUGAAAGUAUCAAAUUUAAUUCCAACAAAAACACAAAUCAAUGGUGAUAAAUCAACAAUACAUAGUUCAUUAUCAACAUUACCAAUUAGUGGAAUAAAAAAAUCUAAUCAUAGUGAAUCGAAUACAUUACAAGUUCGACCACCGAAAGAUUUACAACAAAAAAAAUCAAAUUCGAUUGUUGAAACAGGAACAAUGAUCGAUGUUCUACCAGGUUUAUUAGAAGUUCCAGCAGAAACUGAAACUCGAUUUCUUCAUUCUGUAUUUGAUAAUUAUCCAUUAACGAACAUACAAUUUCGUUUAUCACCUGUGUAUACACUCUAUAUGACAUUACGACAUCGACUUUCACCAUAUGGAAAGCCAAAUUUUCCACUUGUGCAAAAACAAGAAAAUAUUAUCUCAUUACUUUAUCGUAUCGAAGAUAUGAUAAAUAAAAAAAUUGAAGAAUGUCAUGAACAUGGUGGUUAUCUUGCUUAUUGGAUAGCAAAUACAUCUGAAUUACUUUAUUUUAUAAAACAAGACCGUGAUAUAUCAAAAAUUUCUCAUGAUGUACAAGAUCGUUUAGCUGAAUGUGUUCAACGUUUAUUUCGUUAUUUAACACAUCUUGUACAAAAUGAAUUAGAUAAAUAUUUAAUAUCAUUUACAAAUCCACAAGAUGAUGUUGAACGUGAUGUUUAUAUUGCUUUUGAAGAAACUAGUUCAACAAAUAUGAAAUUAUCUGAUUUACGUUGGAUAACAUUAGAUAUUAAUUCAAAUAAUUAUCAUCAAGCAACAUUAGGUGAUAUACUUGCAACACUUUCAUCAGUUAUGGAUUUAUUACGUAAAUGUCGUGUUAAUGCUGCAUUAACAAUUCAAAUGUUUUCACAAAUAUUUCAUUAUAUAAAUACAUGGUUAUUUAAUCGUAUUGUUUGUUGUCCUGAAUUAAAAUUAUGUUCACAUUUUUGGGGUGAAAGAUUAUCAUUACGUUUAAAAUCAAUAAGUGAUUGGGCACAACGACAAGGUUUAGAAUUAGCAUCAGAUUGUCAUUUAACAAAAGUUAAUCAAAUAUGUUUAUUAUUACAAAAUGGUAAACGUGAUGCACAUGAUGUACAACAAUUAAUAUCAAAUAAUACAUUUAAACUUAAUUCAGUACAAAUUAAACAAAUAUUAAAUAAUUAUGUUUUAAAUAGAAAUGAACCACCUAUAUCACCUACAUUUAGUCAAGCACUUCUUGCUGCUGCGUAUAAACAUGUUGAUGAAAAUUUACGUCGUGAAGGUGUACUUGUUCAAUUAGCUGAAGAACCUGAAUUAAAUUUACCAUUUUUAUUACCUGAAGAUGGUUAUACAUGUGAAAAUUUACGUGGUAUACCACAACAAUUAUUUGAAUUUAUUGAACCAAUGAGUCGUUCAUCAAUAUGUCGAUUAUUUACUAAUCCUCAUAGUCUUGGAAUGUGGACUGAAUUUAUGCAAACACAAAAUAAUGAAAAUGGACAUAAUAAUACUGAUGUUGGUAAUAGUGUUGAAACUGUAACAUUAAAUAAAAAAGGAAAUAGUCUUGGUUUAAGUAUUGUUGCAGCAAAGGGUGAAUCUCAACAAUUUCAAGGAAUUUAUAUAAAAGCUAUUGUACCAAGUGGUGCAGCUGAAGAUGAUGGACGUCUUCAAGCUGGUGAUCAAAUACUUUGUGUUGAUAAAAUAAGUCUUAUUGAUAUAACACAAGAACAAGCAGCUGAAGCACUUAAACAAUGUGGACCAUUAGUAACAUUACAAGUUCUUAAAGAUGCGGCUAAUCGUCAAGGUCUUUCGGCUUUACUUGCUAAACCAUCAGAAAAUCAUCAUCAUAAUCAUCAACAACUACAACAGCAAUCACUUGCUCGGUUUUCUGCAGCAUCAAAUCCAUCAUUAUUAUCAUCAUCACAUCAACAUACACCAAUAUCAUCUUCAACAAAUGCUUUAAAAACUACAAGUAGUCAUGAACGAUUAUUAACUCAUAACAAUGGACAACAACAACAACAACAACAACAACAACAACAACAUCAUUUUGCUACACUUGCUCAUCCAUCUCAUCAUCAUCAUAUUCAUCAUCAUCAUCAACAAAAUGGUCCACCAACAAUAAUACAACCUCGACCAACAUCUCGUUCACAAUUAACAAAUAAUUCAUCAUCAUCAUAUGAAUUUGUUUAUAAUGCUAAAAGUGCUCCAAUUCAUAAUAAUAAUAAUAAUAAUCAUUCUCAACGUCUUAUACAACAUGAUAAUCAACAUCGAUUAAUUCAACCAGCACGUUCAGCACAAAUAUUAAUUGAUGAAGAAACAAAUGAUGAUUUAUUAAAUGAACAUACGUCACAACAGCAACAGCAUCAACAUCAAUCAAAUCCAAAUCUAUUUCAUUCAAAUCAAAUACAAUAUCCAUCAAUAAAUAAUCGUAAUCAAACAUUUGAUAUACCAAAACGAACAUAUGACCAUGACAAUCAUAUUAUUAAUGGACAUGACCAUCAUAAUGACGAAUAUGAUGAAGAAGAAGAGAAUGAUGAUGAUGAUGAUGAUGAUGGUGGUGGUGACCUUCAACCAACAAAUUUUAUUCGAUCAGCUAGUGAAAGACAAUCAUUUGGUGAUAGAAAUUUAUCAACAGCACCACCAUUAAUCUUUCGAGAAGAUAUUCCACCAAUACAAAAUGGUUUUAUCAAUGGAAAUCAUCAAAUAAAACCUAUUAAUCAUACACAAUCAGCUAUUGGACCAACUAUAGCACCAAAACCAUUACCUAAACCUAUGAUAAGUACAUUAGCAUUAAUCAAACAAUCUAAUUCAACAAAUGAUACAGAUAUAACUAAUCGAUUAUCAAAAGCAAGUUUAUCAUCAUCCUCCGAUCAUUUGGCUCCAUCAAUACGAAAACCACGUAUUCAACAACAGGAACCAAUGAAAUCAGCAAAUUCACGGCAAAAUAAUAUAAGUGAAUUACGUAUAAAACGUAUUAACGAUUUAUUAACUAAAAAUGAUCGUACAGAUCACGAAGAAAAAGAAUUAAAUAAUUUAAAAUUGGAACAUGAAUUUGAUCGACGUGUUGAAGAAUUUAAUUUUCAUACAAAUGGUAAUGAUAAUGACGAAGAACGUAUCCAUAUUAUUCCUAUUUCAAAUGUAUUAACACUAUCAUCACCAAAUGCAGCUGAUGAAAUGAAUGAAUUUGAUGAGAAAUUAAAACGACGUCUUGAACAGUACGAACAUGAUCGACAAAUUGAACGAGCACAUGUAAAUCGUUUACAAGCAAAACGUGAAGUAGAAAUUGAAGCACGUUUACGUAAAGAUCGAGAACGUGACAUACGUACUGAUAGAGAUAUGCGUGACUUAAAAAUUCGUCGAAUGUCUGAAGAAGAUCGAUCAAUUGAAGCCAAAAAAGAACAAGCUCGUUUAUCAAAACAUGUUCGUUUACCUGAUUCACCACCUUUAACUAAUGAAUCAAUGAAACAUUCAUCUUCAAUUGGUCAUAUUCCAGCUACAAAGGAUCAUAUUGAUUAUAAAUUAUCACCACCAAUUCCACCUCCACCACCAACAAGAGAUAGUUCAUUUGUUGUAGCUAAUAAUAUUAAACAAUCAUUAAUGCAACGAACACCGAAUGAUCAUCAAUUAAUAAGUCCACCAUUACCUCCUCCACCACCACCAGUAAUUGAAACAUCACCAACAUCAAGUAUUGUUGCAAUACCUGUAUCAUCAUUGCAAGCUGUUGAACGAAUAACAGCUGAAUUAACACGUCGUGAUGAUUUAUAUAUUAAUGAUGAUACAUCAAAUUAUCAAACACCAUCUGUUAUUGGUGCACAAGAAGUUUAUUUAGAUCCACGUUUUCGUACUAAACGUUUUCAACAACAAAAAGAUAAUAUAAAUGGUAUUAAUAAAGAAAAUUUAAAUAAUGAUUCAAGUGGUGUUACAACAGAAACCAUGUCAUUUCGAGAUAAAUUAAAAUUUUUUCGUAAACCACCUGAUCAACAUGAAUGA